AUGUCAUCCUUCUUCGCAAAGGUCUUGACCAUUGGCGCUCUGGUCGCGCCUGCUUUUGCCGCUCCUAGUUCUAUGAUCAANAAGUCGCAGAUCAUUAGCACUUCAUCCAAGCAAGCUGCAACCGACCUUUGCGGGACUUCCGAUAAUUUGGUUCUCUCCGACACUCCUUGGAUUGUGUACAACAUGUUCUACGGUGCCGCUGGAUCGGUUGGCACACAGUGCACCCGUUACGAUCAUGUUGAAGCUUCUGCCACUGGAAACAAGAAGAUUGUCUGGAGCAGUGAGACCGGCAUCGAAUAUGUCAAAGCAACGGAUAACAUUCCUAAGGGUUAUGCUUUUGUCGGCUUGACCCAAAAUCUCGAGACAGCCAUCUCUGGCAUCAACUCUAUCCCAACCACGUAUGACUGGACCCGCACCAAUAGCACUGCUUUCAAGGGCAAUGUAUGCUACGAUUUCAUGACCAGCGACACAAAAGGCGACUCCACUUCCUCCAACGCGCAGGAGCUCAUGCUAUGGCUCCAAUACGAAGGCGGACAACUCCCCAUCGGCUGGACUGAUGGAGCAAAAGCCACCAUCGACAAUCUCUUCGGCACAUCUUGGAAGCUCUACGAGGGCAAGAACGACGACACUGGUAUUACAGUCCACACCAUGAUGCCUGAGAAACAGUUCGAAGGUAGCUUCAGUGGCGAUCUCAAGGAGUGGUUGGAGGCUCUUGUGCAGCAUGGUACUUUCGAAAAGUCGACCUUUGUCAAUGUCGGCAAUACUGGUACAGAGUACUUCUAUGGAAACAGCAACCUGAACGCUACGCUGAGUCUUCAGAUUGACCUCAACUAG